AUGGCUGACCUGAGCCAUCUUAACGUUUACAAAGGCCCCGAUGCCGUCAAGAACUACUUUGACCCCGACAUCGGUCCUCCGCUGCCUCUGGUCGAGAUUCCGGACUGCCUCAACCCUUAUCGCGAUGAUGGCGUUCGGAUAUACGCCAAGAUGAUGUCGAUGCAUCCUGCAAACAACGUCAAGGCCAUGCCGGCGCUGAACUUGUUGCAGAACGGUGUUGUGCCCGGAAAGACCAAGACCAUCGUGGAGUACAGUUCCGGCUCGACAGUCAUUUCCAUGUCGUUGGUGUCGAGAGUCUUCUACGGACAAUCAGAUGUCCGAGCCUACCUCAGCAACAAGACAAGUCAAGCUAAGCUACGACUGAUGCAGUUCUUUGGUCUAGACAUCACACUGUUUGGUGGACCAUCACAGCCCGAGCCUGCGGACGAGAGGGGCGGUAUUCGUGCUGCCAAGGAUAUGGGAGAGAAGACGGGCACCGCUUUAAACCCGAACCAAUACGAGAAUGAUGAUAACUGGAAGUCACAUGUCCGCUGGACGGGACCCCAAAUCCUCAAACAGUUGCCAGAGAUUACACUUCUUUGCGCCGGAAUGGGUACAUCUGGCACGAUGACCGGUCUCGGUACCUACUUCAAGAACAACAAACCAUCUGUUUACCGACUCGGUGUUUGCACGGCCCCAGGCGAUCGUGUCCCGGGCCCUCGGUCGUUCGCACUCCUUCAACCUGUCGAAUUCCCCUGGCGAGAGGCGGUUGACCAUAUCGAACAUGUCGGUUCGCACGACUCCUACUCCAUCUCUCUCGAGCUUUGCAGAGAAGGUAUUGUCUGCGGCCCUUCAUCCGGAUUCAACCUCAAGGGUCUUUUCCAGUUCCUUGACCAGCGGAAAGCUGCCGGGACUUUGGCGGAAUUGACAGGCGAGAACGGAGAGAUUCACUGCGUCUUCGUCUGCUGCGACCUUCCAUACCAGUACAUCGAUGAGUACUUCGCCAAGCUUGGACCUGAGCAUUUCCCCCAGAUCCACAACGAGGAUCUCCAAAAGGUUGACCUCCACCGAUAUGAUGAGGCCUGGGAGAAGGACCCCAUGGAUGCGUUCAUGUACAUUCCGCAUACCACGAUUACCCCGAACGAGCUGAACGAGAAGCUGCCCAGUACGCCCCGAUAUGUUGAUACGAGCAGCUCCUCCCUUAUCCCGCGACACGCAAACACCGUCAUCAUCGACCUGCGGCGCCAAGAAGACUAUCAGACACUCCACAUUCCUGGCUCUGAGAACAUCCCCGUUGUGGAGUCGAAGGACUGGGAGCCCUUCUCCGACGCGAAGAUUCUUGAGACUUUGUGGCUCAAACUUGAGGCGACUUUCGACAGCUCAAGCGAGAUUGGAAAGAAGAUGAAAGAGCAUCGCCAGAAACCCAUACUGCUGCUCUGCUACAACGGCAACAAUGCUCGAGUCGCAGCCAGCGUUCUACGAAACAAGGGAUUCGAGGCAGAGUGCGUAAGAGGAGGCUACCGAGCACUUGAGUCGUUGCAGCAGGAUGGGCAGGCGAACAAGCCCACGAUUCUCUCGAAAACGAAUCGGAGCGUCCAUGUCGAGGAGCUCGCGGCGAACGAGGAGAAUUACUUGAAGUUGGUAUGA